GGUGGCGGUGUCCUGUCCCCCCCGCCCUGGCGGUGGCGGGGGCAUGGCUGGCAUUGCUCGCUGACACCCUAUCUGCCAGGCCCCCGCCAGCCGCGGGCCCAGAAUAGCAGCGCUGCCCCGCAGUCAGCAUGGAGCAACUCCCCGGCCCCGCCGCACCCCAGGUGGCGCUGCUGGAUGCCGCUGCCCGCCCCGAGGAGGAAGGUUUGCCCGCAGGGUUCCCAGAGGCCCUAUGCCCCAGUGAGGAGGGGCAGGAGGAGGAGGAGGAAGAGGAGGAAGAAGAGGACAGGCGUAGGAGCCCAAGACCCGUCACCUUCACACUGGGCAAUGAGAUCCUGGGACUGGGCCCAGAGACUGAGUUUCAGAGCCCUGACGCUGAGGUCUACAUGCACUUCAUGAGGAGCCACUGCUGCUACGACGCCGUCCCCACCAGCUGCAAGCUCGUUGUCUUCGACAUCUCCCUGGAGAUCAAGAAAGCCUUUGUGGCACUGGUGGCCAACGGGGUGCGUGCCGCUCCGCUCUGGGACAGCAAGACGCAGAGCUUUGUGGGGAUGCUCACCAUCACUGACUUCAUCAACAUCCUCCACCGCUACUACCGCUCGCCCCUGGUGCAGAUCUACGAGGUGGAGGAGCACAAGAUUGAGACCUGGAGAGAGGUGUACCUGCAAGGCUCCUUCAAGCCACUGGUCUACAUCUCCCCAAGCAAUAGCCUCUUCGAUGCUGUCUACUCCCUGAUCAAGCACAAGAUCCACCGCCUGCCUGUCAUCGAGCCCAUCUCGGGCAAUGUCCUGCACAUCCUGACGCACAAGCGCAUCCUCAAGUUCCUCCACAUCUUCGGCUCCACCAUCCCCAAGCCACGCUUUCUGAAGAAAACGGUGCAGGAGCUUUGUGUUGGCACCUUCCGCGAUGUGGCCGUCGUGCCUGAGAACGCCCCCAUCUAUACCGCCCUGGAGAUCUUCGUGGACCGCCGUGUCUCCGCCCUUCCCGUCAUCAACGAUGCUGGGCAAGUGGUCGGCCUUUACUCCCGGUUUGAUGUCAUUCACCUGGCAGCCCAGAAGACCUACAACAACCUGGACAUCAGUGUGCGGGAGGCGCUGCGGCAGCGCACCACCUGCCUGGAGGGGGUCCUCACCUGCUACCCCCACGAAACCAUGGAGGACAUCAUCGACCGCAUCGCCAAGGAGCAAGUCCAUCGCCUGGUUCUGGUGGAUGAGAACCAGUACCCGCGGGGCAUCGUCUCCCUCUCCGACAUCCUCCAGGCCCUUGUGCUCACUCCCGCAGGCAUUGACCGAUCCUUGCUCUGAAGACACCAGGGAAGUGCUGUUGUCUCAGCUGACUUGGGAGCCUCUUGCAUGGCCCUGGGGCCGUGGAAGGAGGCUUGGGCCCCAGAGGCUCUCCACGGGAAGGGCCUAUCUACCUGCCCUGGUCCUGGGGCUCGUCUUGAGUCUGGGGCCAGAUCCUGCUGGCCUUUGGGAGGCAAAGAGUGGGGAAAACGGGACCCAGGGGUGCCUCCCGCCAGCGAGCACAUGGCGAUGCUCGAUGGACACCAUGCUGGAGGAGCUGUGCCAUGCCCACAGCUGGGUGCAAGGACCCGCAUGGCCCCAGGGGACUCAGCCACCCCGCUCCCAUCCUGCUGCCGGAUUCAAGCGCUUUGGUCGUGACUCCUCCCUGGCAAGCAGAGUCCUGCCAGCUGUGCUCGGUGCCUGGUAGCGUAGGCUCAGCUGCACACCCAGGCUUGUUUAUUGUAGGGUCACGCAGGGCUGGAGCACCCUGGCAGAGGCACAGCCCACACCAGAGCUGGGUCCAGGAUAGGCACUUGCAUGGGGACCCUGACAUGUUUUGGGGUGGGUGGGGGGUAUUUAUUUGCUGGUCUGUUCAGCCUUGUUGUAAUAAAGCAGCCUGCUCCAGG